ACUGGUAUAACAAGGGGCAUGCACAAGAGAUGUAAAUUCACUAUUUCGAGUAGACCAGAAGAAGAUUUUUCAGGUAGAAAACGGUCUGCAAAUUGUUUUGCAGUUUCUUUACCUGAGUCACAUCUGAAUUUAGCAUCAGCAUCAUACAAUCUGGUGUUUGCUUAUCUAAUCUCUAAAAUCAAUGUUGAGGAUUUGAAAGAGUUCAGGCUUUAACAGCCGUCAAGUUAGUAUCUUUCUGAACGAAUCGAAACUGACAGAUGAAAGUUGGCCUAUAGUUUCGAGGUUAUAGAGGAUACUAAUCUGUACCUAAUAUGAACAUAUUUACCUAAUUAAUUUGAUAUUGAUCUUACGAAAUGAUAUAACCGGUAAAAAAUGAACAUCCUCUUGGUAUUAUGUUUUAUAUUUGUCGUUGUUUACUCCUGUGUAUCAUGGCUAUUACCGACGUUACUGGCAUGGCUGUUCAUGAGGAGAUACAAUAUAAAGUUGAAAAUCGGCAGAAUUGCUGUGCCAAAGUUGAUACUGAGAGAUGUGAGCUUGUCUAAAGAUAGAUAUUCUAUUCACAUAGAUGAAUUAUUAUUUAAGAGCAGUUUCUUUAACUCUGAAAUCAACAAAUUAGUGUCAGUUGUGAUCCGAGGCGUGGAUGUAACCAACAAUGUUGAGGAAAAGAGGAGUGUUGUUGUUGCGACUAUCCUCAAACCGUUGCUAUCCAAACAGAACUCCGUUACCAGAGGAGACAUGUUUGACGAUGCCACCGCAAGCUUUGAGAAUAUUGAGAAUAGUUUGAACAGAAUAGCAAAUAGAAAGUUGUUGGAUUUUAGAGAUAAAAAGCUGCCUCAUAGUUUGAUAAUGUUUGCUCAGUUCAUGGGAGUGCAUAUAUUCAACGCGUCAGUCACUAUCAACAAUGGCACGGACUUGCCGUGGUCGCUGACUGCCACGGCGGCGGAGGUGCACGCGGACGGAGCGGCCGGCGGGCCCGCUAGAGCCCUCGUCUUCUCCACCAAGCUGGUUGAUGCUAAGGCCAGCGUGGUCGGCAAGGGGGAGCGUCUGGGGCAAGCGGGCUGCUCCCUGGUGAUAGAGGGCACUGUUAAAGCCGAUGGUCCUUUGAAUGUUGAGAAAAUCCACGCGACAAUCAGCAACACUACGGUAACAUUCCAAGACGAGUUGUACCAGUUCUUCAGGAGCCACAGGAGACGCCGGCCGGUGCAGCUGCAGCUGGACACCGCGGAGGAUCACCUCGCCACCAUCAUACCCAGACUAUCGCCAGUUAUACCAAAGAUAUUCAGUUUGAAAAUAGACACAACUAAUGUAAGCUGUAAGAACAAGACUGUGAACACAAAUUUUGAGAUGUCUCUACAAAGUUUACAAGUGAACUCUCGGUUUAGCGCAGCGUCAGUGAUAUACGAGGAGGGCGGACUGGAGGCGGGCAGGCUGCCGCAGGUGUACGUGGCCUUCCAGCUCGACCAGUACCAGCUGGUCGCCGACAGCAAGCCGCUGGCCUUGCUCAACAAGCUCAAACUGGAUGCUAAGUUGGAAAAAGGAGUCCUGAACCUGUAUUUAAUAAUAAGCACGUUAAACAUAAGCUAUACACACGACGAAGUGUUUACAUGGUACGCGAAUACCAAAGAGAAGUUGAGGAAAUCACAACCGUUACAUAUCGUGGAACCAGAGACACCAUCUCCCUCGCCCCCGGUGUGGCUGAGUCGCAUAUUCUCUGCCUGCACAGUGCAGGGCUGCGCAGAGCUGCGCGCCGUGACUGCGCACGCGCAGCUGCGCGACCACUGCGCGCUCGGCUUCGGCUGCAGCGGGGUCAAGGUCAAGCUGGACCAGCUGCUCGAGACUAGAGAGGAGUGGUACCGGUGCGCAGUCCCCCGGCAGGCGGGCAGCGCGCGCCAGUGGGGCGCCGAGCUGCUCGUGGACGGGGGCUGGGCCGUGUGCGCCCCGCCCUCCGCCACGCCCACACCUGCCUCCGCGGUGCCAGGCGCCGCCCCCACGGCCCGCGCCCCGCCCCCUCGCAGGCACCACUCGUGGGGCGAGGCGCUGCUCGCCGUCGCACUUGUCAAAUGGGCAACACAUGGACCUACAGAUUCUAAGGUAGAAGCAAUGAUUGACUGUCUCCGUCUCGAAUGGAGUCCAAUCAUCGCGAAGACCAUCAUCUCCCUCGCAGACUGCAUCAACCAGUACAAGUCUUCCCCAAGAGUUCGCCACGUCGAAGAGGUACCGGAAAGUACCAGCAACGUCGCUGUGAACGUCGCCUUGUCACAUAUCAACCUGUUUCUCAUCGUGAACCAAGAUAUGUGUCUGAUGACCAGGAUAGACGCAGUCACUUUAGAGAGGAAUGCUAGCAAAUCUGGAGCAGUAAUCUCAGGGUUAAAAGUGGUGGAUAUGGUGCCUUAUAAAGGAAACGUCCACUGCCAGCGUUCAGAUGAAAUUCUGACGACAUUCUUCCACGUCAAACUGGCCAGGAUAGACCAUAUCCUGUCCAAAGACAAUUACUCAGCCCUCCUAGACUUCCAAUUCAUAGAGAAUGUGGACCUAGAGUGGAGUGCUAACUUACACCUGAAGGUCUUGACUUUCGUAAGAGCGGUGAAAGAGUUUAGGCAUGAGAUGAGAUUGAGGAAAGAUGGAGUGGUGAAGAAGAAAGGGAGGACUCUGAAUUGGAGAGUCUCGUUCAAAGGGGAGACGAACUUAGGACUGAUAUUAUCGAAGGAGAAUAAUAUGCUGUUUGCUACUGACGACAUGACGAUAUCAUACGACCACGACGCCGGUCUCUCCAUCGUGUGGAGCAAGCUGAACAUGCUGCUGAACGGAGACGAGGUGCUCAGCGUGGAGGGGUACUCCCAGGAGAGAGCGGCUGAUGACCCCGAGGUCAGGGUCGAGAGGAAGGCCAAUGAGGGGUUCGCACUGGCCUGGAACAAGGUUUGGUCAGUGAACGUAGACUCGGUCCGCCUGGUGUUCCCCUACAAACACCGCUUCGCGGAGGCGGUCCAGGGCGACUUCGUGUCACUGUUCAAGUGGCUUAAGCUUGUGCAUGGCAUCAAGAAGAAACCCUUCACCGUCGACAGCCCAUUGCCAAGCGACCUGCAUAUUAAAAUUGAAGAGCUGCUUAUCGAGAUGAGUGACGAUCCGUUCGAAGUGAAACUCCGGGACAACUACGAGCUGCUGGAGGACGAGUACAAAGAGAGCCAGAAGCGACGCACCAUGCUGGAUGCUAAGGUGCAGGAGCUGUGCAAGCCGCACCUGUUCCUGCCGGCCGGCAAGGUGGAGGAGCUGUACGCGGCGCUGCGCCAGAAGGACGCGCAGAUCUACGUGCAGCGCUGCCGGGCCGCGCCGCCGCCGCGCGCCAGGCUGGUGGCCUGCUGCCUCAGCAGGUUCACGCUGGUCGCGCUCGCCGACACCACGCUGCACGGCGCCAGGAACGCCGCCGGCAAGCUACGGGACAUCGAUUAUGACAGUCCAUGGCCGGAGGACGGCAUCGAGUUCACGACGCUGUGGGGCCGCAGCAUCAACAUGGGCUGCGCGCAGUGGCAGCUGCUGCUGCGCGACUUCCCGCAGCCGCUGCUCAGCAUGAGCGAGCUGCGCAUGUGGGGGACCCUCAUGGCCGCAGAGGAACAGGCGCCGCCCAGAGCGGUCCGCACCGUAGUCAUAGACCAGGGCGCUCCUUGGGGCCCGCAAGAGUUGGAGCGCAGCAUGAUGCCGCUCAAGUGGUACUACGACCUUUGCUGCGAGAUGGCCGAGUUCAGCUACGCGUUCGGACCCUGCUGGGAGCCCGUCAUCGCACACUGCAAUCUAUCGUUCGACCAAGUUUCUCGACCAUCGCUCGACCCGUCUGCACCCUUAGCGUGGUGGGAUAAGGUCCGGCUGUUGAUGCACGGCCGGCUGACAGUCAACUGCGCCAAGUUCACGUGUCUGCUGCAUGUGUCCCUAGACCCAUACAACACUACCGAGGAGAUGGAGGUCACCUGGACUGAUCUUGUACUGGAUUGGACUAAUGGCAAGUUAGGUUUCCUGGGCACGCUGGACGUGUACGUGCGCACGGCCAGCAAGUACGACGACUGCCGCGUGCUGAGCGUGCCGGCCCUGCGCCUGUCCGUGAAGCUGGGCUGGCAGUGCGUGGCCGACCCGCGCGACCACCACGCCGUGGCGCCCUGCGCGCCCACGCGCCUGCCCGAGUACUCCAGCAAUCAGGAGCAUGAUUCCUACCGAGCGUUUCGUUCGCAAGGGUUGGACCUGCAUCUCAGCAUGGAGACGAAACCGGUCGAGAAAGAUGGAAACGGUCCGGUGUUGUUGCUAUACGGCAGUACACUCAGAUGGUUUGAGAGCCUGAAGCUGAUAUUGUCUGGCAUCACGCGGCCGACGCGGCGCGGACGCAUCUUUAAGAACGUGCGCCCGCGCAAGCCGCAGCUGUCGAGACACUACCGGAAUGUCAGCGUGUCUGUCACCUUGCACAACUUGCAGGUGUUCUACUGGUCAUCAUCCUCUCUACAACGCGGUAUUGAGAUGCUGGGUGUCCGCGUGACGUGUGGCUCCAAGCACCGCCUGUCGCUGGUGGCCACCAACGACGGCCUCGUGCGUCGGCCGCGCGCCAACUGGACCACUGUCUACAUGAACUGCGAUCUCAAUGAUGCCGAGAUCUGGCUGAAGACCUUGGCGGCUGCUGAGGAGAAGGAAGGUGACGAGUACGGGCGGCUGGGCCCGCGCGUGCUGGAGAAGUGCUACUGCCUGUCGGUGCGGCGCGUGUCGUACGGGCGCGAGGCGGGCGUGUCGGCGGGCGCGCCGCCCACGCACCGCCUGGCCGUGCACGACCUGCGCGGGGCCUGGACCAAGCUCAACCGGGACCUCGCCUUCGCGCUCAUCGACACCUACAUGAAGACGCAGCAAUUGAAGAAGAACCUAUCAACGAAAGCUCUGAAGGAAGAGGAACAGCCUACUACGUCACCUAAACACCAACGUGAGGCUGACGUCAUAUCUCCACCACCACCGGUCUCCACACAGUCGAGCGGCGGGGCUGCGGGCGGCGCGGCGGGCGGCGGCGGCAUGCUGGCGGCGCUGGUGGCGGAGGCGGGCGGCUCGGCGCCCGUCGUGUUCAGCGACGAGCUGUCCGGCGCCGAGGACGCGCCGCCGCCGCACGCGCCGCACGCCAGGCACGUGCUGGACGACGACAACGCGCACACCGCCUGCCUCAUCGAGCUGGUGAACUCGCAGGUGGUGCUGAAGGGCUGCGAGACGCGCGGCUACGUGAUCCUGUGCGCGGCGCGCGCCGAGGUGCGGCAGCGCGUGCGGCGCGCGCCCGCCGCCGCGGCCUGGAGCGGCGCGCUGUCCGCCAUGCAGUACUACGCCACCGUCAGCGCCGCCGACCGGGACCAGCUGCUCGAGAACAUCCAGUGGGUAUCGGUGGAGGAGAUAGAGGAGCGCUGGCAGAGCACAGAGAUCAGCACUCUGCCGGACGUGCCGCGGCUAGUGGGCAGCGGACACUCCGCCGGCGGAGUCAUCGGCCGGACUGUGGGGCCCGGCGCAGAGACCGGGCUCGCGCAGCUGCAGCGCAUCGUGUCCCGCUGCGCGUGCGAGUUCUACUACGUGUCGCACGAGGAGGCGGAGUCGCUGGGCGGGCAGGGCGCGGGCUGGGCGCAGCAGCAGCCCUACGACUCCUUCACGCUCAUGCAUCACGACCUCAACGUCUGCACCAACUCGCUGCAGUACGCCAUGCUGCUGGACGUGGUGAACAACGUGGUCCUGCACGUGGAGCCGGAGCGGCGGCGGACCCUGGAGCGGCGCGCGCGCAUGCGCUUCCAGCUGCAGCUGCACCAGGACCAGGACCCGCGACACCUCAUACACAAGCUGCAGACACAGGUGCGGGAGUCUCUAGCCAGACUCCGUCGCUUAGAGAAAGAGUACUACCUCAAGAACAGGUCCAUGACGGGCAACGACCCCGCCGCCAUGGAUGAGCUGAAGAGCUUGGAUGAUCAGGUGAACGAGUGCAAGGAGUCGGUGUGGUCCCUGGGCGAGGAGCUGGACGCGAUGGUCCGCGCGUGGCGGGAGGUGGGGCGCGCGUCGGCCGCGCCCGCCGUCCGCAGUGCGCACGCGCCGCCGCACCGCUACAACGAGAUCUGCUUCAAGAGCGCGCGCUGGAGGCUCACUGACGCCGACGGACAGCUCGGCAUCGCUGACUUGCUGCUUACUAACUUCCUGUACACAAAGACGUCCAGAUCGGAUGACUCCGUGGAGCAUCAACUGGAGCUUGGUUACGUGCGCGUUAAGAACUUACUGCCGAACGAACCAUUUCCUGAGGUGUUAGUACCACAAGAGCCGUCAGGCCGGGCUCCCCUGGCCCGGCGCGCGGCGUUGCGCGUGUUCUGCCGCGACCGCCCGCCCGUCGGGGGCAUCGCCGUCAAGGAACACUUCGAAGUCAACAUCGUGCCCAUACGGAUAGGUUUAACCAAGAAGUUCUUCAACACGAUGCUGAAGUUCUGCUUCCCGGAGCGAGACCCUGACUCCAUAGAAGAUGGUGAAGAAGAAACAGAGGGAACCCUGAAGGCUGGAGCCUCCUCCUCCAGCCUCGUUUCCACUGGCUCCAAGAAGAUCAAGAAGAAAGGCAAAGACUCCAACUCUAACUUCUACGUCAAGAGAGACAAGAAGGAUAAAGAUGAUGUGGAGAAGAUGAAGGAGCGAGCAGAAAAGAACAAGCUAUUUAUAUACAUCAAGAUCCCUGAGGUACCGGUGAGGGUGUCCUACAAGGGCAGCAAGGAGAAGAACCUUGAGGAUGUGAGGGAUCUGCCGCUUGUACUUCCGACCCUGGAGUACCACAACGUGACGUGGACCUGGCUCGACCUGCUGCUGGCCACCAAGACUGAUACAAGGAGGGUUAUAGUAUCUCAAGCGAUUCGCCAAAAGCUGCAGCUGCACAGGCGAGCUGCCGCCGCGCCCGAACCGCACGAGGAGGAUAAAGCCAGGCUGCUCCUUGGAGAGAGAACUGUUGCUGAAAACAAGCCACAGAAGAAGAGUACUCCGAGCGUGUUCAAAUUCUCCAAAUCGUAGCGUAAGAUGUAAUUAGCAAGCAUUUAUACCAACAUAAUAUAGAUGUCGGCACGUAACUUGAACAAUGAAUGAUAAGAAAUCGACUGUUAGAAACUUAGGAGAGUUGGGUCCAUAUUUCGCCUCAAUACCAGUACCUGGAAAAUUGUCAUGGAUGGCAAAAAAGAUCAUGAUUUUCAGUAACUUUUCAGGGGUUUUCUUUUACGUCGUAAAGGGUUUACCGAAAACAUUUACCUGAAAGAAACUGACGAAUACGAUCAUAUGAAUGAUUAUAGAUUUAUUGACAAACCUGUAUAAUUUAUUGAGCAUAUGAUAACCUAUGCAGAGAUUGUCAUCCAUGCUGAAACUUAACACCCAGCUGAUCAACGAUAAAAAAUAAAUGUCAGAAUAAUUGCUUGUGAAAAAAGUUAUAUGUAACUAGUCACCCAAUAAUGUAGCCAAAUUGUUACCAGUGUGAAUAAUGGACCUAAGAGAGACUGAAAACGGUUUGAAGGGAAAUUACUGCGUAAGUUCACGCGAUUCGUCGGUUAGGCCAGCUGUCCGUUUCUUUCAUUUUAGAUUUUACAGCGAUUUAGUUAUUUGCCGAUACAAGGCUUUACUGAACAUAAGACAUUCAGUAAAAAGAGGCUAUUGUUAUUUUUAUGUAUAUUUUUUACUGUUGGUAACUCAAGGAACUCAAUUUUUAUUCUACUGCCCACGAGAGUUAUUGCCAGGAGAAUUUUAACAAUGUUUUUCAUUGGAUUUUAUGUUCCCACUGCCUAACAGCUGCCUUUUUAAUUUAUAUUUAAAGCCUGGACUGUCUCACUAUUUCGCAUAAAUCUUCCUUUUCAAUUUUCUUUUCCUUUUAUCAUAUAUUAUCUUCUUUUCGGAAACAUGUAACAUUUUGUUACAUGUGUGUCCCAUAAUGGUAAUAUAUUUAAAAUCUAAUCUAUUGGCUGUACAAUGAUUUAUGAUAAAUAACUUUUGUUACCGACAGUAUUUAUAUUUGUAUAUAUUUUGUAUAUUUAAAGCUUUAUGUUAGUAUGUAUGUUAAAAAGCACAGAAAAGACUCACAUGGUCAGGAACAAAUAUUAACCUAUUUAUAACUUGAUUAAGGUAUCAAUUAUAUGCAAGUAGGUGUCUCAUAUUAUACAAAUAGUUCUAUUUAAACGAAAUAUAAAACGUGUAAAUAAGGCUUAAAAUCGCUUGUUUAUGUAACGUAAACCCACCCGGUAAGGUGCAAAUAAACGAAUGAUAUUAUUAUCUACAUAUGUUUUCGCAUUUAUUACAUUAUUUAUGAGUGAAUUUAACCAGUUUUAGGUUAUGAGACUUUUAAUUAUUUUCAUUUUGAAGUCAUGAAACUUGCAUGAAAUAUAUUUCGGUGUCUCCUACUUAUUUCUCGGCACAUUAUUACACUGUAUUAAACUUAUCGGUAUUAUAUUUGAGAAUUGUGAUAUUUAUUGUUUUAAACUCAGUGGGUAAGAUAUAAAGCAACAUAAAUUAAACAUGUGUUCAGAUUUAAAAGCAAAUAUUAAUUAUUAUUAUUCCGUCUUUAUUUACUUGAUUGAUGUUUCUUUUUGAAUAUUAUUUAAAAUACAUUUGAUUUGUUUUAUGUAACCUGUAAUAGGCAUUUCCAUAGCUUAAUGUAAAAUUAUCAGUAAAUUACCUCUCAGUUCAUUCUAAAUGGCACACUUAAUUAUAAAUCAAUUAGUUAAUAUAUGCGGCUUGAAUUAUUAAUUAUCACCAAUACUCAUAAUUAUCAACUCAUAAGAGAAUAUUUAGAAUUCAUCUAUACUGCGGAUUCUUAGCCUGCUUUAGAUGUAAUCUCAGUUAUAAUUGUGUCAAAUAAAGUGGCUUAUAUACUAUUUAUUUAUCGAAUUAUGCUAUAUGUGUAUUUUACCUAUACUCGUCCAAAAUCAAUCAUAUUACAGUCAUAUCGAUGGAAUAUUUUUAGUCUAGAGCGCAGAAGUAGAGCUUUUUAAAAAAAAA